AUUGCACUCCGUAUAGUAAUUAGAUGUUACAUAUAGUUAUCACACUGUGCGUUAGGUACGCCUUAUCUGCCAAAAUAUUCUAUGCGCUUAUUUAUUAUAUUAGCGCAUAUCUACCGAUUAGGAAAAAAAGAAAAAAAAGAAGAAAGAAAGAAAGAAAAAAAAGCGGAUUGAGUCACUGUUAUGAAACACUUCUAAUACAUACAUUCGCGGAUUAUCGUGUACAAAGUGUGUUAAUGCUGUGUAUAUUAUUAUAAUAGUGUGCACCUAGAACGUAUUCGUUACAAUGUUAUUUCAAUGGCAACUUGAAAUGGCGAAUUAACUAAGAAACUCGAUUGAACUUAUAUACUAAUCGCACACGCGGCGGUGGCGCCGCAUCGCCAGCACCGCCACCACCACUGUCACCACCCGAUAUCGCGGUCGCCGUCGGAACACGAUAAGAGUGCGGGACGGGACAGGACGUGAUUGACCUUGAGCAGGGAAAACGAAAAAGCGGAGUAGAAAAAAUAACCAGCACAGCCGCCGCGCCGCCGAUCUAAUUAUUAUUAUUGCGCCGCGACGGCAGCGGUGGCCGAGAGGUGUCUGUCGCGGCCCCGUACCCCGCCGACGGGGGGCGGGAACGCAGUGCACGCAGGCCAAUGAGCGUGCGCCGUCCCACCCACUGACCGGCGGCACCCGGCGCGGCGCCGCGUCGGUGAUCGGGAGCGCGCGCCGAACCUGAGGCCACCGUCGGCAUUGCAGAAACUGCACCGAUCGCACCCUGACGCCGGGCGUCUCACACCGAACACGUCGCGCGUGUCGUACGCCUCAUGCGGUACACCUAUCAUACGUUUUAUAAUUUUUAUUUUAUACGAUAGCAUUCGAAAAUUGCAUAUUAUAAUAUCAUCGUUACCGUUCUUUAUAUUAUUUAAUUCGUCCGUCAUCUGCGAUGUGAAUUAUCACACCUUUUAUCAUCAUCGUCAUCGUAAUUACAUACGAGUUACAUCGCUGCUCGCGAUGCAGUAUCUUCCGUAAUUUUUUAAUACGACGCCGUAACAGCAAAGUGAUAUUAAGUCGACUGCAAUUAUUAUAUUUUAUUAUUUUUGAUAUUUUUUUACCCGCUUCCCUUCGCUCGCCAUUUGAGUUUUCGUAUAUUAUAUCGACAUGGAAGCUGACGAUCCACGGCUGGCCGACGAAUACGUCAACGAGUUCGUGCUCGACCACCUGGACGUAUCGACGGUAAAACGUGAGAUCCAGUCGUCCGACUAUCACCACCAUCACCACCAACAGCCACAUCAGGAACAUGGGAGCCAUCACCAUCACCAUCAGCACCACCAGCAGCAACAACAACAACACCCACCUUGUAAUGGUGGCCGGGGGACCGCCAGCGUUGGUGGCCGUCUGCCGCCUAUGCCCAUCACGAGCGUCAACAACGGGUCCCCGGCCACGGCGGCCGCACCCACCUCAACCGUCGGAGCUGCUACUGCAACGUUGGUGCAGUCAUCGCCACCGCCGCCGCAUUACCUGCUCACGCCACCGGGUUGCGAACAGGAAUACCCACACCACCAUCCACUCAUCAGACACCAGCACGCUAUUAACCAGGUAAUUGACGGUGUGGGUGGCGCGGGUGCUGGAAUGGUGAUACACAGCCACGCAGCGGCCACAGCAGCGGCGGCCGCCGGCGUGCUGAUACCUGGAGGCACGUCCGCGGUCAAAGUUUCGGGGGCCGAAGCCGCGCCCGUCGGUUCCAUGAUGUACCCGAGCACGCCGGGCACGCCACCCGACACGCCGCCGGUCAGCUCAUCACCACCGCCGUCCACGCCGAUCCCACAACCGGUAUUUAUGGAAGAAAUGAUGUGGUUAACGCAGUCGUUGCGCCAGGGACAGGAACCACUGGACUUACGACCAAACUAUGCAGGCUCCGACGAAAUGCAACAGCACCAGCACCAGCACCACCCGCACCACGCGCACCACCAUCACCAUCACCACCACCAUCAACAACAACAGCAACAAGAACAACAUGAAGAUGAAGAACAGCAACAACAACAGCAGCAGCAGCAGCAGCAGCAACAGCAACAGCAGCAGCAGUCGGUUUCGGCGGACAUGGAGUGGAAUAUGGUGCAACACCAACACUUGACCGUGAUACAGCCGAGUAACAGUAAUAACAGUUGCUCUGCAGUUGGUGGCAAGGUGCCGCCGUUUGGUCGCCCGUCCCUCCUGAUGCAAGGGUUAUUGAGCCCGGGCUCUUCCAACAGUGUCGUCUACAACAAUUACACGAAUAGCUGUUCCCUGUACCAGCCGCUGUUCUCGUCCCAACGACUGAUGCCCCAGCGCCUGAACCGGCCGCUGAGCGUGUCAAGCGAUAGCGUCAUGUCACCCGCGAGCUCCCGCAACGGCGGCGGCAGCAGCUUGUACACGCAUGGCUCAUCCGACGACUUGAUCAACGACGCGCUGCUGCUGCAGCUGCCGGUACGCGAUCUCAACAAGCGGCUGCAGGGCAUCUCCAAGGAGGAGAUCGCCCGGCUCAAGCAGAAGCGGCGGACGCUGAAAAACCGCGGGUACGCGCAGAGCUGCCGGACCAAGCGGAUGAACCAACGCAUCGAGCUGGAGAACGCCAACGAGAUACUGGCGACCGAGCUGCAUAAGACGAAAUCGGAGCUGGCACGCAUCACGCAGGAACGCGACAUGUACAAGCAGCGGUUUUCCGCGCUGGCCGUAGCCAGGGAAUCGAUGAGCGCCGCGGCCGCAGCAGCAGCCGUCGCUGCCACUUCAUCGGCGUCGUCCACCUCGUCGGUGGCCGCGGCCUCUGCCCAGCGCGUCGACAGUAGUUCCAAUUCGCCAGAGCUCUACCUGUGACAGACGAGGAGGUCGUACGCGUCUGCGCUUUGGAUAUCCAAGUGUCUACCAACGUCCGCCAACAAUAAUUACGGUUCACGAGCAUCGCGAACUUGAAAUCAUAUACAGAUUAACUUCGAUAACAAAAGGAUAAGACUAAUAAAGUAAUUUGUUUUGUUUUGUUUUUUUUUUCAGUAGUUAUAUAUUUAUAUUUAAUAGUGCCUAUGCCAUUUUUUUUUUUUUUUUUGUUAUUGUACAGUAAAUAUAUUUCUGUUUUCUUCUCAACGCCAAAAGACUUUUCCCGAUAAGUAUACAAACGUAUACAAUAAUAUUAUAUAAUCGGCGUAAGUUUAAUAAUAAUAAUUAUAAUAAUAUACCAACUCGUACGUAGGUACAUUAUGUUAUGUUAUUACACUAAAUAUUUAUAAAUUGUAAGUGUAUAACUUAAUGGUACCUACCUAUCCAGAAAGACGUGUUAACUUUUCUCGCUCGCACCGUGCGGUUAUAAUUAUUUUAUUUUUGCCACUAUUAUAAUAAAACAGUAUAUAAUAUAUAGGUGUUAACCUAUAUCUACGUGUUUAAAUUUCGCGAGAAUAGUAAUAUUGUUUGUACAUAACCAAUGUAAUAUUUUGAAAAUUUUAUAGUUACCCGGAAAACCGAAAUAUUGUUACAGCAUCUAAUAUAAAUCAUCGGUUUUUACUAUAUUACACAUAUUAUAGACAUAAAUAUGCGUUUUUUUUCAGUACGACGUCAAUUUAAUAAUUACCAUUAUUUUGUAAGACUAAUGCCAUUCCGCGGUCACAUAAAAACCACACCCACUCCGCUCGCGUACAUAUAAUUAUUAUUAUUUCGAACACAGACACCAACAGUGUAACGUUUUUUUUCUUCUUUUCUCGAUCGUACACAAUUAUUAUUAUUCGAGGUACGAGUGUACGCGAUAACUACGUGAAAAAUAUUUUUCACUCUAAACACUAUAGAGCAGUUGGCGCUUUUCCAAACAUAUUUCUUUUACGGCCUAUUGACCGCUUUGAGUAUAGUCACUUUUCGACCAUAUUAUAAUAUGAUAUUAUUAUAAUGCUACAUUAUAAUACACUGCUACCGUUAAGGUUUGAUAUUUUUCCGUAUAGACUACGCGUUUUAUAAUAUGUGCUCCUCCGGUACGCAAAACAAUAAAAAAAAUUAUUAAAACGACAAUGUUCUCGUUUAAAACUUACAAUAACUAUGUAAUAUUCGUCACUAAAUUACUGUUCUUGAUUUUAUUUUGAAUCCAACCCAAUCUCGCCUAUAAUAAUAUGUAAAUUUUAUACUUUAUGUAAGCAUAAAAUAAUAUGUUGUUCACUAGGUAUGUAUAUAUGUUUAGAUGAUUAUGAAGUACUAAUUAUCAAAAACCGAACACCCGUUUGUGUACAGAUGUUUUUUUCCAUAUAUAUAUAAUUUGUUUAUUAUUAUUAUAAUUAUUAUUAAUACGCCAUUAUUAAAGUAACAUUAAAAAGUUAAAACUAAGUAAUUGUAAGACGCGACUUAAACUGGGCGCAGAAACGUACAAAGUGCUGUUUCGCAUAUAUUUAUUGGCCGAAGCCACGGUAAUGUACACGCACAGACAUCUGUUAAGUAAAUAGUGCUAAAAUGUUUAUUUUAUUAUUAUUAUUAUGUUAUUAUUAUUUUUUUUUUAUAUAUAUACAUAAAAAUAGAAGACAGUUAGAAACGUUGAUAAUUAAGAUUCCAAAAAUAUAUUUACCGUCCCGUUUGAAAUUUAAAAUAUAUAUAUAUAUAUAUAUAUAUAUAUAUUAUAUUGAUCUUGGAUACCUAUACGAUAUUUUAAAUCUAAGAGGGUUGAUAUUAAGUAUUUUAUAAUAUUUGGUGUUACAUCUAUCUCACACACUUUACCGCUGAACCACCCUUAUAUGUUUAUUAAACUUCUUUUGAAUUAUCAAUGAAUGGUCGGUGUCAUUUGUAUAUAAUAUGUAUAACACAUAUACCUACCCUAAUGCGUAACUUCGACUGCGCUUGAAAUAAUAAUAAUUAUAUUCUUAUAGUAAUUUUCUAUGUUCCAAUGGCGUGGAUAGUUUGCGUGAAUGAUAUUAGUCAGACAAUUUGGCUCAUGCAAUUAUCUGUAUACAGAAAAUAAUAUGUUAACUGGUAUAUGAAUAAAUACACUAAAAAAAUUUUUUUUACGAUCGAAGAUUCACGAUAAAUAACUCAUCCGGAUAACAUCAAGCAACGGUCGAAUAGGACGAGUUUCCGCUAUUUGUCGAAUUUUGAUAUCGUCGUCCAGCGAGGUAUAUCAUAUUACCCGGAAGACCGGAACUCUCUUCCGUGCGUUUGAUAUUGUGAAAGGGCUUACGCGUGUCGCCGACUAUUGUCGGCUUACAGUUUUUGACUCUGUAAAAUCACAUAACAUCCAGUAGAUAUAAAGGUAUAACAUGUCACGUGUCUAUAUAUAUAGGUAUAUAUAUAUAACCAUUAUCAACGAAAAGUUUCCAACUUGUCUUCUAUUUCUAUAUGUUUCAUCAACAGGCUUUGAAUUCCUUAAGUGGUAACGAAAUUGUGUGUAUAAUUUCUUUCAGCCUUUUUUUUAGAAUUAGGUAAUAAUUAAUGUUUUUUUUUUUUAUUAUUAUUAUUAUUAUUAAUGAGAUUAAUUGUUUAUUUCGUUUUAUUUUUAUUUUUUGUUUAUAUGUAAUCGUUGUAUAGUUGUUAAAUAUUGUUUUACACGAUUGUACUACCUAUACUUGUGUAGGGCUGUCGUCUGCAAUUGAUGGCAAUAAUAAUUGAUAUGUGAAUUAUGCUAAUAAGUUGAUGUUAAUAAAGUAUAAAAAAAAUGGGCUACACGA